GGGUCACAGCGCUUGGUAUAUGAUGGGGAUGAGUUUUCGUGCAUCGUGCAUCGUGUACUUCGUACUUCGUAUAUCGUGCAGGAACCCCCUUUCCAUUCGCUACAAAUCUCUCUCUCUCCCUCGUUUUACCCUUGGAUCGGAGCGAACAAAGCAGGCGAAAGUUGCAACAUCAUCAUGUCCACCCAGCAUCAGUCGCCGCCCGUAUACUUCUGGCGUGAGACGGACCCGGAGACGGGCUACCUGUCGCAGUGGUACUACUGCCCGUUCCGCGACGACAAGGACGAGUCGAUCGUGUACGACACGGCGGAGCACUUCAUGAUGUACCAAAAGGCGCUCCUCUUUGGCGACAGCCGCGUCGCCGCACAGGUCCUCGCGCCGGGCCUGCACCCGCGCAAGAUCAAGGCCCUGGGGCGCAAGGUCGCGGGCUUCGACGAGGCGACGUGGGUGCAGCACCGCGAGGGCAUUGUGCGCCGUGGCAACGUGCUCAAGUUUACGCGCGCCGUGAGCUGUGAGGAGGCCCCCCGGAAAGGCACCACCACGGCUGCUGCUGGUACUCCUCAUCAUCAUCUCAGGAGUAAUAAGACCAAGAGUGGCGGCGGCGGCGGCGGCGGCGGCGGCGGCAAAAGCGACCACGGGGCCGUCGUCCCCCCGCCGGCGCUCAUCCAAGACAGCCUGCGCGAGAUGCUGAUGGCGACGGGGGACCGCGAGAUCGUCGAGGCCAGCCCGUACGAUGCGAUUUGGGGCAUUGGUUUCACGGAGAGGGACGCGGAGGCCAUGCGGGAGCAUUGGGGCGAGAACCUGCUCGGCAAGGCGCUCAUGGAGGUGCGAAGGGAGCUCAGGGAGAGCCAGUCUGAUAAGAAUUAGCAAAAUGGGUAGCAAGAUUGGGUGUGUCUCUUGCGCGGAUCGGAUCAUGGCAACGCGGUGAGGAUGAUGUUGGUGACGAGGAUCGUCCUCCGUGCUUUGCAUGUUGUCAUUUCUCAGGGCCUGCGCCUUUCAGCGUCUAUUCUCCCGUUUGUCUAGC